GCAGGCAGACAAGAAGGGGGGGAAAGAUGUUGGUGCGAUGCUACCGGGGCAAGCUGUCGGUGUGGGCCGCUCUGUGCGUGCUGGUGCUCUGCUGGUUUUACAUUUUCCCCGGCUACAGACUCCCCCGCGAUAAAGAAAUAGUGGAAGAGGUGCUGAGGCAGGGGGAGGUAUGGCAGAAGAACCAGACCGGCAUCGAUUUGUACAGGAAGUUGCUGACAGAGUGCUGCGAUCCACGGAGGAUGUUCGCGGUCACCAAGGAGAACUCGCCAAUGGGCAAGGUCCUGUGGUACGAUGGCGAGUUUUACCACUCGCACACCGUCAACAAUGAGACCUACCCGCUCUUUGUACAGGACAACCCUCUGCAGCUGCCCCUAAAGAAGUGUGCGGUGGUGGGCAACGGUGGCAUUCUCCGAAACAGCAAGUGUGGACGGAACAUUGACCAGGCCGACUUCGUCAUGCGGUGUAACCUUCCACCACUUUCAAAAGAAUAUGUGGAGGACGUGGGAACCAGAACACAUAUGGUCACAGCCAACCCCAGCAUCAUAGAGAAAAGAUUUCAGAACCUUCUGUGGUCGAGAAAAGCUUUUGUGGACAGUAUGAAGGUCUACGGCUCCAGCUACAUCUACAUGCCAGCGUUCUCCAUGAAGCCUGGCACUGACCCGUCACUGCGGGCGUACUACGCCCUGGCAGACACCUCCUCCAACCUCACCAUGCUUUUUGCCAACCCUGAAUUCCUGCGCACGGUUGGAAAAUUCUGGAAAGCUCGUAGCGUGCACGCCAAGCGCCUCUCCACGGGGCUGUUCCUGGUCAGCUUGGCCUUGGGGCUGUGCGAGGAAGUGACGGCCUACGGCUUCUGGCCGUUUUCCGUUGGCCUGGACGAGCAGCCGGUCAGCCACCAUUACUACGACAACAUCCUGCCCUAUAAAUGGUUCCACGCCAUGCCUGAGGAGUUUGUCCAGCUUUGGAACCUACACAAAAGCGGCACACUGCGCAUAAGAGUGGGCCACUGCCCCCCUCAGGAAGGAGGGAGCUAGGGUUGAAGUGAUAGCGGUCAGUUGAAGUUCAGUGGGCUACAGGAAGCAGAUGAAGACAUUUGGGCUGUGAAGUGUCAGGAAGUUGUCGUCAUGACAAAAAUGGGUGCGCAUAUUUCCCCUGAGGAACUUCAGCACCGCGUCUGUGUCCAUACACACUCCUGCUGUCCCCCACAGCUAAUCCCUAAUUAUCAUGAGAAUGUCCUCCACCCAGGCAACAUCAGGGAUAGAAUACACACACUGACACAUGCAGCCAUACACACACAAUGUAAAUUAUUCAUACAUUCCCAAAACUUGCCAUGUCUCCUCCCUUUGUUUCUGAAAUGUGUGUGUGUGCAUGGAUGUGUUUGUGAAAGCCUCAGCUGGGACUAGUGGUGUUGAGAGUGCGUGGGGUUGGAUGGGUGGGGGAUGGUUGUUGUUUUUUGGGGGGGGGUUUUGUAUGCUGACUACUGUAUCUGACUGACAUAAGGGGCAGCUGGACCAAACCCCCCUCUGGGUCUUUGUUAAAUAGAGACAGAAGGAGUGGAGGACCAGAGGGAAUAAUAAAACACUCUGAAAGACUGGCGAAAUGAGAGGAACACGGGAGAGAUAAUGGUGUCCUGGUACCUAAUAGCUUGAAUGGGACUGAAAUUUAAUGGAAGGAAAAAAAGACUGGCAGGGGGGAGAAAGAGUGAAAGCCUGCUGGUAUGUGUAUGAAAGGAUUUCUCUCAGCUUUUCUUCAACCAAGCGCUUGAUUGGCAUUCUCUGGUGCCACAUAGAGCUUAAGUUCAAAGCAGGAGCCAUUAGAAAUGGAGUCUUAAGUAGUAUAUAGCCUAGAAUGUUUAGCCAAGUUGCAUUUUAACCUUUCAGGUUAAAGGGAAAAUGAGUACACCCUGGUGUCCACGUAGUGUUUUUUGUUUGCCAAAUGUGUUUUUUGGGAUUAAUGUGAAUUAUUUUGUGUCCAUGAAGAGAAGGGAGAAAGUGUUAUUGACAUAUAUAAUCAGAAAUUAACAUUUGUUGCAAAAAACAUCACGCAUAGGUACUUCACCUCAAAGUGGACAUCAUCACCGACUGACUAUUUGGUACGAUACUCACUAGCAGGCUCCUUAGGUUAAAAAAAAAACCAACAACAACAAAAACAGACUGACCCGCUUCUUUAGAGGGGCAGUUACCAAGCCAUCUCUUGGUAACUGUACUAUACUUGCCAAGUGCCAAGCCAAGAGAACAGUGUUCUCUUUGAUACUCACUCACACGCUCUCCUUGUAGCUCUCAAAAGGGGGGCAUGGAUAUAAAGAGUGGUAGUGACAGAAAAAAAACUUGAGGACUCGUUGUCAGAAAGUGGCAUUUUAAUGGGUGACUUUUGUUUUUGUUUUAGCUGGACACCAUAUAGGGUUAAAGUGUGAUUUAUUCAUGCAGUUAUUGUCAUUACCAUUUUGCAUCGGAGUGCAGGGACUACUGAGCCUUGGUCCUGUGCUCCUUUUCAUAAUUGUGAUUUUGUUUUUGACAUUUUUUUUCAUGCACAAGGGAAAAUAAUGAUGGGCUCAUCUAGAAGCCAAACACUACAGACACAACUGUUUUUUUUGUACUUGCAGGCCUUGCGGAUGGAAAAACAGUGUACUUGAUUUGAAAUUGUUCUUUCUUUUAAAAUGUUAUUUAAGAGUGAUAAAUGUGAACGUGCCAUACUGUCAGUACCGCAACAAUGGAUGACUCUGCAUGUAAAGUGCAUGGGGCGUACCACACUCCCUCAAGGUACAGAACAUGUUGAUAGCUUAGUGCUUCAUACUUUUAUCCAACUUCUUGUCUGUUAAACUGAAUGAGGUCCAGUGCCUUUGAGAUGUAUUAAGGCAGAAAGAUCAUUCAAACGAGGGAUAUUUCUAAUGUUGAUCAUGCUCUUAAUUGUGUUUGAUUUCUUGGCCUACCUGGCUCUGUGGAUCAGUCGCUUGUGUGUUAGUGACCCCUGACAUCAUGUAAAAUGAACUUAAAGAUGGCUGCAUGUAGGAUGAAGUUAAUGAAGUGAUCUGAAAUCAAAUAAUUUCCAGUCCAAAUGCACAUGUUGCUGCUCCAUACUCCAAACUGAACUUGAUGAACACUUUGACCAAUUUGUUUUACUCAUUGUGAUGUUUUUUUAUUUGCACCUUUGUAUUUUUUCCUCUCCUGCCCAGUAUUGUGAAUGAAUGAAAUGUGACAUAGUGUGAAUUUUAAGUAAGCAUGAUGGUUUUUAAUGUACAUGUGCUUUUGGUACACAGAUUUGUAUCUAUUUCCAUUAUGUUCUGAUUCAUGCCCUUAUUCCAUCCUAUCUGAGUGAUAAUCGAACCACUGAAGAGCUGAGAUUUCUUAUCAAAAGGGAGAUGAAUCUGUCUUGUAAAUAUUGGUCUGUUAACACAAUGACCAAUUAGUUUUAGAUCUCCAAUCCUUCUUUAUAGGUAUACUUUUUCAGAAGCUACAUAUGGACUUCAUUGAGCCCAACGGGUCCAAAUAAACUGCAGCUGUUGCAAAAAGAAAACAUCUGAAUCUUUGGCACUGUGCUCUUCCUGCUACAGCCAGCACAGCUCACAUAUCGUAAGUUGAUAUUUAAAGCGCUGACUCAUGACAUCAUACAUUUUUAACAGUUUUUGUUAUUGAUCUAGUAUGGAAGAACAUGUAAGAACAAUAUCAUCACCAUUGCCAAGGGUUAGGGUUUUUUACAUUCCAAGCCCAGGUUUCAUAUCAAGUGGUUAAACACAGGAAGACGUUCUCUACUGUUUCAUAACCAUGCUUGGGUUUUCUGUGCUGUGUCGCAUAUUCAUACAAAUUAUAGGAACAGUUUGACAUUUUCGGAAAUGCAUUUGUUUGUUUUCUGGCUGAGUAGUUGAUGAGAUGAUUGAUACCACUCUCAUGUCUGUCCGUCUUAAGUAUGAAGCUACAGCCAGUUAGCAUAGCUUUUCAGAAAGACUGGAAAACAGCUGGCCUACCAGCACCACUAAAGUUCAUUAAAGUGUAGCUACUCCCCUCAAUUCUGCUAGUUCCCUCACUGCCAGCAAUUCUUUUAAAAAAUGCAUCGAACACCUGCAAGGGACAGCCUGGACAGACUGUCAAGCCCCCAGGAAGAGUGUUGGGCUUUGAUGCCAAUUUGACAUAGUGGCCAGAACCGUGUAAUUACAGCAACGGCAUCCGUCACAUGAUGCACACUGGCCCAAAAAGUAUUUUCCCCUUUAGGUUACAUUUCACCAUCAGAGUUUGAUCCAUUCAGUCCGAUAACAUUUUUAAAGUCUAAAAUUAUGUAUCCCCAUUCAACCAUUAACGGAUGGCAAUACUCUCAUCUAACUCUCAAAAAAGCAAAUAAGCGCAUUUCCCGCUGCGUUAAUACGAGGCCCGCAGGAAAAAAGACAGAACAAAAUAUUGCAUGGCUCGUACACAAUGGCAGUAUUGUCGUCCAUUUUCUUUUCCUGUGCCUGCCAACUGGUCGCAUUUAUCAAGCCAAAGUAUGUGUGGCUGCAGGGUGACCAAUUGGUUAGAGUCUGAUCAUGAAAAGGUCACAUGUUUGAUCCCCAUAGCAGCCAUUUGAUUGGUUGCAGUGUCCUUAAGCAAGACAUUGAACUUCUACAUAUUGCAGUGUAAAACCAACCACUGUGUUUUCACCUCAUGAUGAUAAUGUCUUCUACUACUUGGUCAUGUUAGUUGGAAAACAGAAAGAUAUUCAUGAUGAUAUCUUAGUGCAGGUUUAACACAGCAGAGUCUCAGAUGUAGAGGUGUAAUCGUUUGAAGAUUUUCCGUCAUGUCUUCGCCUACAGAAUACAAGGGGAUGCUGUGUCGCAAAUCACACGACAAAGUCAAUAUAAAAUGUGUCAAAUAGUUAAAAAAAAGUGUUUUUUAGCAUUUGCUUUAAUCUGAUGAAACUGCUGAAUAUUUAGACAGAAAAAAAAGUUAAAGCCAUUAUGUGUAGUAUUUUUAUGCGAUCGUUCAAAUGAUUCUGAUGGCAUGUUUUUGCUCGUAAAAACUAAGAUAAUCUGGUGAAUAUUGGUGCAGUCUGUGCUGCUUUCAGCCUGUUCAUUUCAGUCACUUGGAUCGAACCGGAAGGGGGCAGUGACAGACAUUGGUGUCUUUUUUAAGUCUACCACUUGGGGCGUCAAGUCAUGAAUUAUUUUAUUCUACACAUAGUGGCUUUUGCUUUCCUAAACAAACAGUUAAACAUUAAGUAGGCUAUAUUUUACGUUAGAGUGUUCUAUGAUUACUAAUUGACAUAGUGUGGUGAUUAGCAAAUACAAAUAAUCAUUUUUUGUAUAGACUGUUUGACUCAUUUUUAAUCGGUACCAGUCCAGAGGGCUCAAUCUUCUGACAUAUUUAAAUAUUUGAUGAUAUGCCAAGCUUGAUGAAAAGAUGUAAAUGUGCUUUAUUUGCCUUGACUGACUGAAUUGUUGCAAAAAGAUGAACGACAAAAAACAUUUUAGAGGCAUUGCUGUUUGCGCUACCUUCACCUCCUCUGCUCAUUCAAGUCAUCUGAUGUGAACAACCCUGCCUGAGCAUGUUAAAAAUAAAUCAGAUGUGCAGUUCAGAAUAGCCAUGAACAACCAAAUCCAUAUACAAGGUGAACACUGGUAUCCAAUAAAAGAAGGAA